ACCCCACACUUACACACAGGAACACGCCACACGCCUCCACCUCACACUGUACCCGUCAUCCGCACGCUCACCCCCCGCCUGCCCAGAUGAGUUACCCGAUGGACUCUAUAGGGAGUCGGAGAAUGAUGGACUCCAGGACUACCUACGUCCGCUCCAGCGGCUCUCCCUCCAGCGGGUAUCGCUCCCAGUCUUGGUCCCGUGCAAGCCCCGGUUCCAGUGUAACGUAUAAGAGGACCGUCAGCACGCCGGUGGCCCGAACCUACAGCUCCGCCGUGCUCAGCUCCGCCGACAGCGUCGACUACGGCCAGACAUCAAUGCUAAACGGAGACUACAAGCGCACCAACGAGAAAGAACAGCUCCAAGGGCUCAACGACCGUUUCGCCGGUUACAUCGACAAGGUGCACUACCUGGAGCAGCAGAACAGGCAGAUCGAGGCAGAGAUCCAGGCACUGCGGGAGAGGCAAGCGUCGCAAUCUAAACUUGGUGAUGUUUACGACCAGGAGCUGCAAGAGCUGCGCUCCAUGCUGGAGCAGAUCCACCACGAAAAGGCUCAGAUUCAGCUGGACACGGAGCACAUCGAGGAAGACAUCCAGAGGCUUAGGGACCGCUUCGAUGAGGAAGCUCGUAUCAGGGAGGAGACGGAAGCCAUCAUCCGUGCACUGAAGAAGGACACGACAGACUCGACAUUAGUGAAGGCAGAGUUGGAGAAGAAAGUUCAGUCACUGCAGGAUGAAAUUGCUUUCAUUCGCAACAACCAUGAAGAAGAGGUUAAUGAGCUGCUCGCCCAAGUUCAAGAGUCGCAAAUCAGUAUGGAGAAGAGGGACUACCAGAAGACCGACCUCACCGAGGCACUCCGGGAGAUCCGCUCACAGCUGGAAGGGCACUCUUCCCAAAAUCUACAGCAAGUAGAGGACUGGUUUAUGUGCAAGUUUUCCAAGCUGAAUGAUGCGGCGGAACAGAACAAAGAUGCAAUCAAAUCCGCCCGGGAUGAGAUCGCAGACUAUCGCCGUCAGCUCCAGUCCAAGACCAUCGAACUCGAGUCGGUUCGAGGCACUAAGGACUCGCUAGAGAGGCAACUCACUGACAUCGAGGACCGACACAACAGUGAUAUGAACAGCCUUCAGGAAACAAUCAAUCAACUGGACAAUGAAUUGAAGAGCACGAAAUGGGAAAUGGCUCGCCACCUGCGCGAGUACCAAGAUCUACUCAAUGUCAAGAUGGCUCUUGAUAUAGAAAUUGCUGCUUACAGGAAACUUCUAGAAGGGGAGGAGACACACUUUAGCACCUACCCUUACCGUCAGUCUGUCACCACCAAGAUCUCCAAGGUCAAGAGUGAACCCCCCAAGCUGAAGGUGCAGCACAAGUUUGUGGAGGAGAUCAUUGAGGAGACCCGUGUUGAGGAUGAAAAGGCUGAAAUGGAUGAGGCUUUGGCCGAGAUAGCCAAUGAGCUGUCUGCUGCUCUUGGAGGAGACCAAGGCGGAGAGGAGGAUGAAGGUGAAGGAGAGGGUGAGGAAGGUGAGGAAGCAGGUGAAGAGGAGGGAGAGAAAGAGGAGGGAGAUGAGAAAGAGGAAGAGGCUGAGGCAGAGGAGGAGGAAGUUGUAGCCGCCAGUGAUGCUAAACUCAGCGCUAGCGCUCCUGGUGAGGAAGAGGAAGAGGAAGGAGGAGAAAAAGAGGGUGGAGAUGAAGAGGAAGAAGGAGAGGGUGGUGAAGAGGGAGAGAAAGAAGGCGAGGAAGGAGAGGGAGAAGGAGAGGCAGAGGGAGGAGAGGAGGAAGGAGAGACAGAUGAUAAGGGAGAGGGAGGAGAGGAUGAGGCUCAGGAGGAGGACGGGGAAGUGGAAGAGACUGUGCUGAGCACCAAGGCCCCAGAGUCAAAGGCCUCUCCAGAGAAAGAGAAGGCGGAAAGUGACAAAGAAGAGGAAAAAGCUGAAGAGGAAGAAGAGGAGGAAGAGGCGGCUGGUGACGACAAAGCAAAAUCUGAUGCAGGAAGUGGCGACGAGAAGGAGACCAAAGCAGAGCCAGAGAAGGAGGCUGCCAAAGAGGAGAAGAAGAAGGAGGAGAAAUCUGAAGCACCUGCAACCAAGGCUGAAGCCCCAAAGACAGAGACCGCUAAGACUGCCACACCCGAGGCCCCAAAGAGUGAAUCUCCCAAAGCUGAAUCCCCAAAAGUCCAGUCCCCAAAGAGUGAAUCUCCAAGAGCUGAAUCCCCAAAGGUCCAGUCCCCAAAGAGUGAAUCUCCAAGAGCUGAAUCCCCAAAACCUGAGUCCCCAAAACCAGGGUCACCAAAGAGUGAAUCUCCAAAGGCUGAGUCCCCAAAGAGCGAGUCCCCAAAACCUGAAGCUGUGAAGAGUGAGCCGAGCAAGGCACCAGCUCCAAAGGCCUCCAAGCCUGAGAGCCCCAAGAAAGAGGAGCCCAAAGCUGCAGAACCACCCAAGAAGGAGGAGAAGAAAGCAGAGCCCCCAAAAGAGGAGGCCCCCAAAGCCGAGACCCCCAAAGCUGCCCCCGAGAAAGUAGAGAAGAAGAGCGAGCCCGAGCCGGUAGAGAAGAAGGAGGAAAAGAAAGAAGCCGACAAGGGCAAGAAAGAGGAGGAGAAGGAGCCCGCAGAGAAGGAGGUGAUCUCCAACGGCGUCGAGGAGGAGAGCCUAUCCAAAGAUGACCCCAGCCAGAAGGUGAUCAUCACUCAAACCGUGGAGACAAUCACCACCGGAGAGGACGGAGCCAAGCACGUCACAAAGUCCGUGACUGUCACGGAGACCGUCAAGGAAGUGGAGGAGGUGGUCCAGGAGAAGAUGGUCUCCACCAAGAAGGUGGAGAAGCACUCCUCCCAGGCUGUCAAGCAGGUCACCGAGGCCGAAUGAACACCCUCAAAACAUGUCAAGACAGGAAGCGAAGGGGAAUGUGAAGAUGAAGCAAUCAAGAAAAAUACAACAAACAAUCAACAAAAACUAACAUAACAAAGAAACCAUAACAAAUUAGAAAGAUGUAUUCAUGCUAAUCACUCAAAACAGAUUAAAUCAAGACAAAGCAGCAUUAGAGAGAAGUCAUAAGAUGCGUCCUAAGCUAAAAAACCUCAAAAACAUGCAUGUUGAGAGAGAGCUUUCAAUGGGCUUUGCUGCAGAUGGAGAGGGGUGAGCAGGGGUAAUCUCUCUGUCUUUGUUUCUUUAUUUUCCUUCUUUCUCUCUCUGCAGAACAUGGGCGGGGUAACGGGGUAUUUGGUGUCUGCAUGCUAGUACAGGAAAGGAGCAAUACUCUCCCACUGCUUGGGGUAGAUUUACAGUCAGUGUGUGAGAGUGUGAAUGUGUGUGAGAGAGAGAGUGUGUGUGUGUGUGUGUGUGUGUAUGUGAGUGUGUGCAUGUACGUAUGGCAUAAGGAAUACAUGUUAUGCGUACAGAGAGUAUGGAUGGGAGAACGAGAGUGACAAAAAGUACUUGAAGUCAAAAGAUAUUUAUUUGGUUUAAGUGAACAGGGACCGUAGGGGUAAAACUGAAGUAGCCUUACAAUUCACGGGAGGAUAACAACUGAGCCAAAAAUGAAGACAACACAACACAUUUACAGAAGAGAAUGACAUUGGAAAGACAAACCCAUGACCAUACAUAUACAGUACCUAAAGCAACUAAGAAACUCCUAGCCUUAAACAUGCUUUUUACUGUUGUCUAUUAUGUUUACCUAACCAGUGCAAUUGAAAAUAAUAAAAAUGCGCACACAUACAUUCUUGUAUGCCUAGAAAGGACUUGAAUUUAAAUACUGAAUAUAAAAUGAGGUGCUACUGUUUGCAAUCCCAUGUCUUUAGUCAUCAUGAUGAAUUUCUCAGCAGCAUUUGCUCAAUAAAUGUCAUAUUAAAAGGC